AAAAAAGUUGAAUGAUCACAUUGAUGGCUCCUUCAGGAAAAAAAUUGAAAUAGUCAAAGUUGUAAUUGUAAUUGUAUGCAAUAAAUAUUGCUAUAAUCUUUUGGCCACCACCCUCUGCAAUACAGUGUUUUAUUAUUAUUUCAAAGUGACAAUUGUGAUUUUUUGACAUUUAAAAUUUGGCAUACGGAUCUAAAUUUUAUACAACUGGAUAUUACAAGUAAAUUUGAAAGUUUCGUUCUUUUCCCGGUAGUUUAAAUUAUAAUUUGUUUUUCCACUUUUCCAUACUCAAAAAUGAUUAAAGAGGAGAUUUAAAUUCAAAUUACUAUCGCAAUGGAGGCCGAAUUAAAUAAAUUUAUAUUAAACAGUGAGAUGGCUGAACUGAUUAGUACAAAAUUUCAUUUUGCAAAGUACAUCAUGUGGUUGCUUCAAGAGCAUACGCAAAGGGUCGAUUUUUUGAAAGGACAACUUUCCGGAUUAAAAACGGAUAUUUGUGAUUUGAUCUUGCGAGAAAAAGGCCAUACUAAUUUCAUCAAAGAAAUCCAAAUUCAUGCAGGCGAAGGAUCCUCAAAGUCGAAAAUAUACGACAACUGUAACGACCCAGAAAAGAAAAAAGCAUUUGAAAAAGAAUGCAAAAAAUUUUCCAAAAGUAUUAACAAAGCCUUAGUUACCUCUGGUGACAUUUCACCAUCAAAACAUCUAAAACCGAUUUCCGAAUGUAGCAAUAGUAGCGAAAAGUAUUUGAACGUAUCACGGCCUUCAAGUAGAAAAAUGCCUUCAUCAGAAAAGUCCAGAAAAGCAACUCCAGUUAGCAGCAGAACGUCCUCUGCAAGCAAACUGGAUACCAUGAAACACGACACUUCAAGCAGCACAACCCUAAAAAAUUCCGUAUCAGACAUUAGAAGAAGAUGUCCCUUUAAAGACCAAAACACCUCUGGACAUACGCGAAUUCGUAAAAGCAAAUCUGCAGUUUGUGGAAUGACAAGAGAAAAAUCGGAAAUGAUUGGGAAAUACAACAAACUCAUGUCCGAAAUGUGUUCUGUCUUUGGAAAAACUUGUUCGUCAGUGUCGCAGAAAGAUGUCCGACCCAGCAAAGUCAAAAAUAUGGCCAAAGUCUACGCGUGUCGUAAGCAAAGUAUUAAAGUGGAAGAAAAACGAUCUGGCAGAAGAAAAAACGCCGAAAAAGGCAAGAAUGAAGAUGUAUUGACUUUAGAAAGCUUUUUGGAUUUUAUAAACACAUCACCACAUUUGACUGUAGAAGCUGUUUACGCCCCUCUAAAUAAAAUGGACAAUGAGGAAAUUAAGUGUAAGAAUAUUUUUCAGGGGGAACAAGCCAAAGGGGUCAGCGAUUUCGCCAUAUCUUGGCCAAGAUAUAUAAAAUUUAAUUUGAAGAACAAUCUUGAAACUUUACAAGAAAAUCAAGAAACCACUUCGUUUUCUGGGACGGAAACAGAAAUUGAACUUCCAUCUAAACAAGGUUUAAGAAGAAGGAAAAAUAUAGAUUACGGUUUUACAUCGGAUGCAACUUCUUAUGAGGCUUAAUGAGAUUGUAUCAUGUACGAUUUUUUUUAUAGUAAAUAAACAGUUACUGUUGAAGAUUAUAAUAACUUCUUUUUGUUGGAAGAAGAUAAAAACCUGUUAAAAAUAAGUACAUAAAUAAAUUACGUGGGUAUUGCUACAUUAUUUUAACUAAUACAAAUUGAAAAAUAAAGAAACGUCAUUUGUCAAUUUUGAUUUUAAAAAUUCCCAACAAAAUUUUGAAAAUGGAGACACCAACGUUCACAGAAUUCCAAGAAUUAGUUGAGCGUUAUUUAUCAUACACCGCUGAUGAUCAAAUAUUAUUUCAACAUCAAGUUAAAGAAGAUACCGACAGGUUUGAUAAAAUAUUUCGUAAUAAUGAACAACUAGAAGGGAUUGCG